GCGGCCAUGCCGGGGCCGCGAACCCUCGCCAACCUGGUGGAGUUUUUCUGCAAGGACGGUUUCAGCCGAAUCCACGAGAUCCAGGGAAGGUGAACAGUGGCUCAAGAUGAGAAGUGUAUUAAGACAAAGAAUUCUGAAACCGACAGAUGUGGCCAUUUUCUCUGGAGAAGUCAACCAAGUUAUUGCUGAUUUGAUUAAAAAAAUCUACAUCCUCAGGAGUCACGCAGAAGAUGGGGAAACGGUGACUAAUGUCAAUGAUCUUUUCUUCAAAUAUUCAAUGGAAGGUGUGGCCACCAUCCUUUACGAGAGUCGCUUAGGAUGCCUGGAGAACCACAUCCCCCAGACAACAGUGGAGUACAUUGAAGCCCUAGAGCUCAUGUUCAGCAUGUUCAAGACCUCCAUGUACGCAGGUGCCAUCCCCAGAUGGCUCCGCCCCUUCAUCCCCAAACCCUGGCGAGAAUUCUGCAGGUCCUGGGAUGGACUCUUCAAAUUCAGCCAAAUUCAUGUCGACAACAAGUUGAGGGACAUACAGUGCCAAUUGGACCGAGGGGAGAGGGUGAGYGGGGGACUUCUCACCUACCUCUUCCUUAGCCGGACACUGACGCUGGAGGAGAUCUACGCCAACAUGACAGAGAUGCUGCUGGCCGGCGUUGACACAACAUCGUUCACGUUAUCCUGGGCAGUGUAUCUCCUGGCAAGGCACCCAGAAGUGCAGCAGACCGUGUAUCGGGAGAUAGUCAAGAAUUUGGGGGAAAGGCAUGUUCCAACUGCAGCAGAUGUCCCCAAAGUCCCGCUGGUCAGAGCUCUCCUGAAGGAAACCCUGAGGCUGUUUCCAGUGCUACCAGGGAAUGGCCGUGUCACCCAAGAAGACCUGGUUAUUGGCGGAUAUCUGAUUCCCAAAGGCACCCAGCUGGCCCUCUGCCACUAUGCCACCUCCUACGAGGAUGAGAACUUCCCUCGGGCCAAGGAGUUCAGGCCUGAGCGCUGGCUGCGAAAAGGAAACCUGGACAGAGUCGACAAUUUUGGGUCCAUCCCCUUUGGCUAUGGGGUGCGCAGUUGCAUUGGGCGAAGAAUUGCAGAGCUGGAGAUUCACCUGGUCAUGAUCCAGUUGCUUCAGCAUUUUGAGAUCAAAACAUCUUCUUGGACUAAAGCUGUUCAUGCAAAAACCCAUGGGCUUCUGACCCCGGCGGAGCCCAUCCACGUUCGUUUUGUUAACAGAAAGUAA